CGCUUCUCUGGUCAUCCUCGAUCAGGCCUCUUUAGAUCUUGAUUGAUCUGCAGGAAAAAACACAACAAGUGAGAUUCGACCCAGGUGAAGGUCGCACACAACCACCAUGCCCAAGAACAAGGGAAAAGGUGGUAAGAACCGUCGUCGCGGAAAGAACGAGAACGACAACGAGAAGCGUGAGCUUGUCUUCAAGGAAGAAGGCCAGGAGUAUGCUCAGGUUGUGAAGAUGCUUGGCAACGGUCGUCUCCAGGCCGUGUGCUUCGACGGCGAGAGCCGUCUUGCCCACAUUCGUGGCAAGCUCCGCAAGAAGGUCUGGAUCAACCAGGGUGACAUUAUCCUCCUCUCGCUCCGUGACUACCAGGACGAGAAGGGUGAUGUUAUCAUGAAGUACACCGCCGACGAGGCCCGUUCUCUCAAGGCCUACGGCGAGUUGCCCGAGCACGCCAAGAUCAACGAGACCGAUACUUACGGCGCCGAGGGUAUCGAAGACAACGUCGAGUUCGACGAGGACCGCGAGAGCGAGGACGGCCAGGAGAUCGAUGUCGACGACCUCUAAGGUCACCCCUUGCCAUCCCCAGAGUUCGAUGCUCUGCCCUGCAAGAAUGCCCCGGAAACGUCUCUCGGUGUUCUCCAUGUUCGCCAACGCCAUCCCCUCAUACUCGCCGCUGUUGGUCUAGUGUCGUGGCUACCUUAUCCCGAUCAUCUCUGCCUACUUGACACGCGAGACCCCUUCGGUUUACGAUCAUCUCCGUACGUUCGCUUGAACGGAUAUCAAGAGCAUCACAACCUUCUCAGUCUUCGACGCUGCUCUCAACCCCGGCUCUGCAUGAGGCAAGGGAAUCCCCACACUGGCGCUACUGUGACAAUUUUCCAGGGCUCGAAGCCAUCGAACAGAGGAAUCUCAGGUUUUGUCUAUCGGCGAUUAUGGUUUUUUAGGUGGAUCCUCAAUUCCAUUGUCGUUUUUGCAAAUACCUAGGAUCAGAUACAGAGGACUCAAAAUAGUUGCAAGACACAUAAUGAACCUGUGUGCUUGUUUCUUUGCAAUGCGUUGCAUGCGGCGCAUUUGCUCUG